AGUGAAACAGCUUGGCCCUGGGGUGGCCGGGAGGACAGGAGCGGGAUUGGGGGCCCCAGGGCACGGGCGGGGCGGGGCUGUGUCCCGGUCCGGGUCGCCGCGCUGCGGAGACCCGCACGCGCGGAGCGGCCGGGACGGACGGGAACGCUGAGAUGGGUUGGAACUGGCCUUCGCUAGGGAUACGAGUGGGAAAUGCAUCUUUCCCUGAACUUGACCACCGGCACCAUCAAAGAGGGAGGUGCUAACUAUUCUUAACGAAUAUUCGUGAAGAGAGACCUUGCGGAACGCUUUCCUGCUUGAACUUUAUCAUGAAAGCAACAGCGAAACGUCGAUGCAAACAGACUCCAUUGGAGACUCCCUGUCUCGGCCGCAGCGGUUUAGUUCAUCGGAUCCGGAUACUCCGGGCGCCGGAAAGUCGUGGAAGGCGCUGACCCUGUCGCAGAAGAGGCCCUACGUGGACGAGGCGGAGCGGCUGCGCCUGCAGCACAUGCAAGACUACCCCAACUACAAGUACCGGCCGCGCAGGAAGAAGCAGGCCAAGCGCCUCUGCAAGCGCGUGGACCCCGGCUUCCUCCUGAGCAACCUGUCCCGGGACCAGAACGCCCUGCCCGAGAAGCGGGGCGGCAGCAGCCGGGGGGCGCUGGGGGACAAAGAGGACAGGGGUGAGUACUCCCCGGGCGCCGCCCUGCCCAGCCUCAGGGGCUGCUACCACGAGGGGCCGGCGGGCGGCGGCGCCCCGGGCAGCACGGACACGUACCCCUACGGGCUGCCCACGCCCCCGGAAAUGUCACCCUUGGACGUGCUGGAGCCGGAGCAGACCUUCUUCUCCUCCCCGUGCCAGGAGGAGCAUGCGCACUCCCACCGCAUCCCGCACCUGCCCCGGCCCCCUUACUCCCCGGAGUACGCCCCCAGCCCUCUGCACUGCCGCCACCCGCUGGGCUCCCUGGCCCUCGGCCAGUCCCCGGGCGUCUCUAUGAUGUCCACUGUCCCGGGCUGUCCCCCGUCCCCUGCCUAUUACUCCCCCGCCACCUACCACUCUCUCCACUCCAACCUGCACGCCCACCUGGGCCAGCUCUCCCCGCCUCCCGAGCACCCCGGCUUUGACGCGCUGGAUCAGCUGAGCCAGGUGGAACUCCUGGGGGACAUGGAUCGCAAUGAGUUUGACCAGUAUUUGAACACUCCUGGCCACCCAGACUCUGCUGCAGGGGCCGUGGCCCUCAGUGGGCACACCCCCGCCUCGCAGAUGACACCCACGGGCCCCACAGAGACCAGCCUCAUCUCGGUGCUGGCUGAUGCCACGGCCACGUACUACAACAGCUACAGCGUCUCAUAGAGCCGGAGGCCCGCCCAGCCCUGCCUCCGCCCAGCCCUGCCUCUGCGCCUGGGCACGGAGCCUACGGACCUGCGACCUGCACAUCUGCACCGAGGGACCCUCAGCGAGCCGGCUCUGCAGAUCCCAAUACCCUCUCCAUCCCCUUCCUCCCCGGCCCCAAUCCCCUCCGCCUGCAUUUUGAGUAUAUUCCUUCAAAUGCGUUGUCAUUGGCUACACCUGGGAAUAAGGCCAGGGAGUUUUUGAAAGACACAGGUUCCAGGUAGAAUUUUCAUGGACCUCUCCUCCCGGUUCCCAUCUCAGAAAUAACUGUAAAAAGCCCAGCAGCAUUCCCACCUGGGAGCCGUGGGCUGGGAUCCAGACACCCAGGAUCCCCAGAGGUUCUGGUGAUACCCUGACUGGCCUCUCCUUCCCUUCCAGCCUGUUCCCCACCCCCAUCUGCAAAGUGGGGGACAGACUUAACACCCAAGGUCCCUUCUGCUCCAGGGUUUUCUGAUUUAGGAUUCUCUCACGGCUAAAAGGAAAAUAAAGGUGGCCCAGGAAGCUCGUUGAGGUGUAAUCUGGGAUAAUUUCGUGUGCACAGCCCAAGGACACAGGGCUUUCUGCACUUGCACUGCCUUCCAAAAUGAUCCUACUUGUCAAUUUUCCUUCCAAUUUGAGAAAAAACACACACACACACUCAUCUUGAUUUGGGGAAUUAACCACUAGUAUAGACUGAAUCACUGAACAUGAGGUUGUAUUCAAGCUGCAUUUUUAAAAAUAUAUAUUUUAGACAAGUUCUUUUUUCUUUUGUUACACAUUUCAAGAGAAUGUAUACAGCCUGAAUAUAUAUAGUCAGGGUGUAAGAGAUACACGACAUACACACACCUUCAUGCACACCCUUGCACACAUGCCCGUGUGGCCUAAAUCAGAUACUCUUGUUGGCAAGUUUUUAUCAACUCCCUCUUCCUAUUGACCCAAAGAGCAAGGAACCUAAAAAGAAUUUCCUCUGAUCUGAAUGUGUUGGUUUCUUGAGCAGAAUUUCAACACACCCUCCCCUCUGCAAAUGCAAAGGGAGCUUUCUUCCCACUGUCUCCAUCUCCCUCUCUCCCCUUCCUGGGAUUUCUUUUUCCCUUUGCUCUUCCUCCACCCUGAAUUGGCCACUAAUUCAAAGGUCCCCUGACUUGAAAAUUCCAAGCUCGAUUCCCAUGGCUGGGAUGGGAAUCCUUCCUGCUGGUCUUUUAGGUAACAUCUUCAGACAAUACUUCAAAACAGCUUCUCCUCUACACCUUCAGGGUGCUUACUUCCCAAAGAACAGAAGCCCACUGUGAUUCGGAAGGUGUUUCUGAGCCCUGCCCCUGCCCCCAGAACAUUUCUAUCCUCUCAGACCUCCUUUGAAGGAACAUACCUAACAGGGAGCGAAAAGGCCAUUGUUGGUCUUUUGAUGUCUGCAUAUUAUUGCCUGUAUGAAAUAUGUAAGUGUUUUAUAUAUUCUCUUAUUUUCACCUUAUAUUUUGUAUUGUUGAAAGUUCCUUUUUUUUCCUUCCAAGGAGUCCGAUUGUAAAAUCACUUAUAAGACAUGAUUAAUCUUUAUGCUAUUACUAUAUAUAAUGUUUGGUAAUAAAUAGUAAACCAUUGACAAUACGAUUGACUGGUGCAGUCCAGAACGUGUAUCAAUAAUCUUGUAAAACAUGAUCACAGACAUUAAGCUAAACUGUUCCUUUUUCCCCCCUAAAAACUACACAUGGUUUGGAACGGUUGUAGAUACUGUUUUGUCUAAGAUAUUUAAUUUAAAUAAACCUUUUUGUACCGUGA